AUGCCGUUCGACAUCAGCAAAGCCCGCGAGCACUUCCCCGCACUACAGCAAGACCAGGUGUACUUGGACAAUGCUGGAGGCAGUCAGGCACUGGGAGAGGUGAUUCAAUACCUGUCCAAAACCAACGUCCAGCUCGGCGCUUCCUACCAUACAGGCUCUCAAAGUAACACCAAAUACGAAGAUGGAUAUCAAGCCGCAGCAAAAUAUCUAAAUGCUGAUCGCAGUGAGAUCGUUCUCGGAGCAUCAACCACCCAGCUCUUCAUGAACCUCGCCAGCGCGCUCAAAUUCAAGGAAGGCGACGAGAUCAUCUUGACCAAGAUGGAGCACGAGACGAAUGUCAAGCCUUGGCUGUACAUGGCUGAGCGCCUCAAGCUGACGGUCAAGUGGUGGGUAUCGUCGAAGGAAGACGGUCUGAAGCUUACGCCGGAGAAUCUGAAGCCGUUGCUUUCGUCAAAGGUAAAGUUUGUCGCAUGCACCCACGUGUCGAACAUUCUGGGUACCAUCCAUGAUGUGCGCGCCAUCGCGGAUGCCGUGCACGAAGCCGGCGCUUUACUGUGUGUCGACGGCGUGAGCUUUGCGCCACAUCGCAAGGUUGACGUGAAGGCGUUUGGGGUCGACUUUUACUCGUUCUCAUGGUACAAGGUGUACGGCCCUCACAUCGCCGUCUUGUACGCCAGCAACGCCGCCCAAGAUCACGUGCAGCCGUUGGCUCACUUCUUCAACCCUACAAAGACUCUCGAGGACAAACUUGGCUUCGCAGGGUCUAACUAUGAGUGCGUGCAGGCUAUCCCGCAGAUCACGAAGUACCUCGAUGGCGCUUGGGAUGUCAUUGCUGAGCAUGAAGGCAAGCUGCAGAAGAUUCUUCUGGACUUUCUUAAUUCGCGUCCGGACGUCACGAUCAUCGGUUCGACAUCAGCGGAUUCGAAAGAGCGCGUACCGACAGUUUCAUUCACGGCAAAGGGCGUCAACUCAAAGCAGCUCAUCGCAGAGGCGGAGAAGAUCUCCAACUAUGGUUUCAGGUGGGGGCAUUUCUACUCAAAGAGGCUGUGCGACGAAGUGCUUGGACUUGAGCCUGAAGGCGUUGUACGUGUCAGUAUGGUGCACUACAACACCGAGGAAGAGAUCAAGGGUCUGGUUGAGAUUUUGAAGAAGAUUCUGCCACAGGUUUGAUUCCUUUACUGCAUUUACACAGCAGCUAUUUCCCGGUGCAACAUCCUGCUUCGGAGAGACGAAACAAGUCCUUUGACCCC